UAAUACAUAACAUAAUUGAGUUAGGAGAAGCUUGAGGAGGCACAUGGCUCUGGUUCAGAUUCAAGAGACCCCCCUAUGGAAGAAGCUCUUGAGUUAUGUAGGACCGGGUUUUCUGGUCUCUGUCGCUUAUCUAGAUCCUGGAAACUUGGAGACAGAUUUACAAGCUGGUGCUAACCACAAAUACGAGCUGUUGUGGAUCGUGCUUGUUGGGCUGAUCUUCGCCUUCAUCAUACAGUCCCGUUCAGCAAAUCUAGGAGUGGCUACAGGGAAGCAUCUCUCGGAGCACUGCAGGAUGGAGUACCCGAAGCCGGUGAAUUAUUGCCUUUGGAUACUUGCUGAGGUCGCAGUCAUCGCAGCUGACAUCCCAGAAGUGAUAGGAACGGCAUUUGCUAUCAACAUACUCUUCCACGUACCCAUAUGGGGCGGUGUUCUUCUGGCUGGUUUGAGUACCCUUCUCCUCCUUGGACUACAGAGAUAUGGUAUAAGGAAGCUGGAGGUGGCGAUCGGGGGAUUGGUAUUAGUAGUGGGCGGCUGCUUCUGCAGUGUGAUGGUACAUGCCAGACCUAGUGCAAAGGACGUUGUCACCGGAAUGUUCGUCCCUAAAUUGAAUGGUGAUGGAGCCACCAGAGAUGCCAUCGCUCUUUUAGGAGCUCUCAUCAUGCCGCACAAUCUAUUUCUUCAUUCAGCACUGGUCACCUCAAGGAAAAUCCCCCACUCCUUUCAUGCCAUCAGGAGUGCGAGCAAGUACUUCAUCAUUGAAAGCGGGCUAGCCCUUUUCAUCGCACUUCUUAUAAACGUGGCCGUUGUAUCUGUGAGCGGCAGCGUCUGCUCCAAUCCACAUGCUUCUUCACAAAACAAGGAUCAUUGCGAGGACAUCACUCUCGAGUCCGCAUCUUUCUUACUUAAUAAUGCUCUCGGAAACUGGAGUUCCAAGCUAUAUGCCGUGUCCUUGCUUGCAUCUGGUCAGAGUUCAACUGUUACUGGAACCUACGCUGGCCAGUAUAUUAUGCAGGGUUUUCUAGAUUUGAAAAUGAGGCUUUGGUUAAGAAAUUUGGUCACCCGGUGCAUAGCCAUUGCUCCAAGCUUAAUGGUCUGCAUCAUAGGUGGAUCUUCCGGAGCUGCAAGGCUGAUUAUCAUUGCUUCCAUGAUCUUAUCCUUCGAGCUACCAUUUGCACUGAUUCCUCUCCUCCGAUUCACAAGUAGUAAAGCUAAGAUGGGCGCUCAUAGAAGCUCCAUAAUGGUAACCUUACUCUCGUGGCUCUUGGGGUUUGGCUCAAUUGGUAUCAACAUAUACUUCUUAAGUUCAAGUUUAAUAGGAUGGAUGACAAAUAACGAUAUACCGAAGACAGGAUCAAUCCUUGCAGGAGUUGUGAUUUUUCCAGUAAUGAUGCUGUAUGCUGCAAUGUUGGUCUAUUUGACGACAAAAAGAGAAUCCUCUGAUUCUUCUACUAGGGGCCCCCAACAGUCGACAAACAAUACCCCUACAACUGACACCACUGGGCUUGAGGGAGGAACAAAUUUUAGUAGCACCCAGAGAGCCCAUGAGAUUGAAGUAGUAGAUAUUGCUUAUGCAUAAUAAUAGUUUUACCUCUUCUAUGUGAA